UGCAUCCUAACAAUCCAUCGUAUCAAGAAGAAGAAGAAGCAGCAGCAGCGGCACACAUGAGAUAAGAUGAAGCGGUUGUAAUCAUUUCCAUGGGCUUUCUAUGAUUGUUCUGUAAAUGUCUGUAGUGUGUGUGAAUUCCUGCGGCUGGCUGCUGGACUCCUGCUCUCUCAUCGAUGAAGGUUUGCAGCGCUGUGUUUCUUACUGUGAUGGCCUUGAUAAGCCAACACACUUCAGAUGCUGUUUCAAGAGGGAGUAUUUUAAUACAGUCAGACCCCACGUUCAGAUUCAACAAAACACUGAUAUCUCGACAAGCACUGCAAAACACAGCGAUGGUGAACAUGCAAAGAUUGAGCUGCAGACACGAAAGAAACGAAAGAGAAAGCGGCGUGAUCUUAAUACAGGGGAGUUAGAUGCCAAUAUUUAUCAUGGAAAGAUCAGGCUGGUGGUUCUGGAGGGCUCUCUGGCUCUUUUGGAAGCUGGACGUCAGUGUGGAUACUUGACAGAAGUUUUGACCACACCACCUUCUGAGUCCAUGCCAUCACACGAGUGCAGGCUAGCUGCGUUAUGUGAUAUGGCCAAGCAGCUCCCGUUAACAGACGAGUCUCUGAUGGCACCAGUGCAGACGUUGAACAGAGAUGGUCUGGACCCAUCAGUGGAUCUGUUCUCAAACAUCACUGAAAACCCAUUCAACUGCGCUUAUGAGGUCACGCUGAUGAAGGAGAAGUAUUUUUUGCCUCCCCGCAGCCGUUUCCUGUUGUCUGACAUCACACGUAUGCAUCCACUUGUCAACAGUGGAGACAAAUAUGACCUUAUAGUCCUUGAUCCACCAUGGGAGAACAAAUCUGUUAAAAGAAGCAACAGAUACAGCUCUCUGCCCUCGUCUCAGCUCAAGCAGCUUCCUGUGCCAGCACUGGCUGCUCCAGAGUGCUUGGUGGUGACGUGGGUAACUAACCGGGCGAAGCACCUGCGUUUCAUCAAAGAAGAGCUCUACCCGUUCUGGGCGGUUGAAGUGCUGGCAGAGUGGCUGUGGGUGAAGGUGACUCGAACGGGAGAGUUUGUGUUUCCUCUGGACUCACCGCACAAGAAGCCUUAUGAGGUGCUGGUGCUCGGCAGACAUCGGUCUGGAACUGACCACACAGUCAGGUCUCCAGCAGCGGAGGAGCUUCCAGAGCAGCGGCUCCUAAUUAGCAUCCCAUCAGUCCUGCACUCCCAGAAGCCUUCAUUAUCAGCGGUGUUAAAGCCCUACAUUAGCCCCGAGCCCAAGUGUUUAGAGCUGUUUGCCCGAAGUCUCCAGUGCGACUGGACCAGCUGGGGAAACGAAGUCAUCAAGUUCCAGCACAGCAGCUAUUUCACCAGAGAGAGAGCCGAGGAGCCGUCCACGACAUCUGAGACGGCGAUUAAACAGUAGCUCACGCUUUCAGUAGAUAUUUCUAAAAGCUUUCAGCUCCCUUCCUUCAGUGGACAUUGUAUGAUUUUAAUAAGUAAGAUGCAGUUCAGCUGUGUCUUAAAUCAGAAAAGUGUCUUUUAAUACCACACAGAAACAACUAGACUUUUAGAUGUCUGUUUUU